AUGGCAGCCUUGAAAACGCCCAAGGGCAAAGCUAUUUUAUUUCAUAGAUUUGUUUUGUUGCUUUUACAGUGUAAAGGAAAUGAAGAUGGGGAGACAGUUAUUGUUGAAAAAGACCAUUUUAUGGAUGAUUUUUUCCAACAGGUUGAGGAACUUAGAAAUAAUAUAGCAAAAAUAGCACAAAAUGUGGAAGAAGUGAAGAAGCAGCAUAGCAUUAUCCUCUCAGCACCAAAUCCUGAAGGAAGUGAGUAUCACUUUUUUUUAGAUUUCAGAUAUCAAGGUAGAGUUGUAGAUGGUAAAAUCCGAGCCAGGUUAAAGGCUAUUGAACAAAGUUUUGAUCAGGGUGAAAAUGCUAAUCGGACAUCAGCGGACCUCAGGAUAAGAAAAACACAGCACUCUGUAUUAGCUCACAAGUUUGUGGAGGUCAUGACGGAAUACAACGAGACCCAAACUCUUUUUCGAGAACGCAGCAAAGGUCGGAUACAGAGACAAUUAGAGAUAACUGGAAAGACCACCACUGAUGAGGAACUGGAAGAAAUGUUAGAGAGUGGUAAUCCUUCAAUUUUCACUUCUGAUAUUAUAUCAGACUCUCAAAUAACUAGGCAAGCUCUGAAUGAAAUUGAGUCACGUCACAAGGAUAUUAUGAAACUGGAAUCUAGCAUACGGGAACUACAUGAAAUGUUUAUGGACAUGGCAAUGUUUGUUGAGACUCAGGGUGAAAUGAUCAACAACAUAGAAAAGAACGUGAUGAAUGCAUCAGAUUACGUGGAACAUGCAAAAGAAGAGACAAAAAAGGCAGUUAAAUAUAAAAGUAAAGCACGAAGGAAAAUGUGGAUAAUUAUCAUUGUGUCAUUGGUGUUGAUUGCCAUAAUUGAAAUUGGUGUUCAUAAUUAUAUGUGUAACUGUAUUGCUUCUGAUACUUGGAAUUAUCCUAGCAACAACACUAUCAUAGCAAGCACAUUCCAAGAGUUACGAACCUUCAGAAACUCCAAAAUACAUCUUCAGUAA